GGUGUGAAAUUGCCAGUGGGGAGAAUAAAUAGAGCGAGCAGUCUGAGGUUAGGACAGACGGCUUCAUCAUGUCUUCUGGAGGUCUUCUGCUGCUUCUGGGAGUCCUCGCCCUCUGGGCAGAGCUGACCCCCGUCUCCGGCCAGGAUCCUCCAAAGUUUUGUUCUCUUCCUGCUGAAACCGGUCAGUGUAGAGGCAGAAUUCCUCGUUUCUACUACAACUCGGCUUCGCAACAAUGUGAACAGUUUUUUUACAGUGGAUGCGCUGGGAAUGCCAACAAUUUUGAGACCAAAGAUCAAUGUCAGUACACCUGUGUUGAAAAGCCUGGGGUGUGUCCCCAGGGCCCUCAACAACAGGGCCAGCAAGGCAAGAUUCCUUGUCGCAAGAAUUGUGAAAAUGACUGGAAAUGUCCUGGGCAGCAGAAGUGUUGCCGUUACGGAGGCAUGACUGAGUGCAAGGAUGCCGUCUUUGAGACGUUUGCUUCACCCACAAGGACACCCACCCCAAUUGGAUCUACCCCAAUUGGAUCUACCCCAAUUGGAUCUAGUGUUCCAUCUUGAAUCAGAGCCUUCUUCUGUCCUGGACCACCCUAGAGACCCUCCCCCCAAAACCCACCCUGGGUUCAUUCCUUCUUCUCUGCAAUAAAGCAUUGGCUCCAACUGA